AUGUUUUUGCUCGAGCUGGCAGCGGAGGGAGAGGUGGCGCCCGCGGCGGGUGAGCUCCCCACGACCGUACCGGUGCCCGGUUGUCAGGUCAUCGAGGAGGAAGAGGAAGAGGAGGAGGAGGAGGCCUACCACGACGAUGGGAUUCACUACGACUAUGAGGGCGAGGACAUGGGCUCGGCCGACGAUACUGAUGACGAGGACGACGGCGGGGUGAGCGUACAGCAGGGCGAGACAACAUUAUCAUCACCAUCACCAUUAUCGACGGCGGCGGUGGCGGCAGAGGCCAACCGGGCAGAGGGGAUUGCGCCAACGACCGAGCAGACGGAGCAGGCACGACCACAACAGCAGCGCCGUAGAACGGAGAGCGACGCCAGGCCGCUCGACCGCGCGGAACUCGGUGCGGACGAGAAGGAACGAGCCCUGGCCGCCAUGCUCGCAUCAUUCAACGCCUCCCACGCGCUUCAGGUGACCGGCGUAGGAAGCGACAUCACCACGGCCGACCUGGAGCCGGUGUUUGCCGAGUUCGGAAAGGUGCACGGCUUGGUGGUGGAGCCGUCGCGGCGGGAUGUGGUCGUGGUCCGCAUGCCGCACGACGCCGCGCAGAAGGCGAAGGCGCACUUUGCCGAGCACCCGCUGAGGGUCAAGGACAAGGAGCUCCAGGCGAGCGACGCCACGCUGGAGUGCUUCCUCUUCGUGGGCAACCUCAACGAAGACGUCGAGCCCGAGCACCUCCGCAGCCUCUUCCAAGCACAUGGCGAGCCUGAGCGAACGAUUGUGAUGAGGAGCACGGCCACAGGGCGCAAGAAGGGCUACGGGUUCGUCGAGAUGCGGACCAAGGCGCAGGCCGGCGCGGCCAAGGCGCUGCUCGGCGCAACCAACUUCCACGGGCGGUCCCUCCGCAUCGACUGGUGCCGCCUGGGCAAGCUCGAGGAGCUCCACUCCCCCGUCCUCUUCGUCGACAAGCUGCCUCCUAACUUUACGGACUACAAUGGGCUGAGGCAGCUGUUCCUCAAGCACGGCACGGUCAAGAACAUCAACGUGCCCGUCAAUCCGAUGAACUCUAUACCACGCGGCUUCGCGUUUGUCACGCUUUCGUCGGCCGAGGAGGCGGAGAAGGCUCGCGACGCGCUCCACGACACGGAGUUCCGGGGGUCGCACAUCAGGAUCAGCUUCGGGAACCCCGCCAAGGCGGACAUCGCCACCGGACCCAUAUCCCCGCGCUUCAAUCCCCCCGCGGCCCACCGCGGACAGCCGUAUGCCCGUGGCGGACUCUAUCCACCACCACUACCGUAUCAUGGGCGGGGCGGACGGGGCGGGUACUUUCCACCGAUGCGAAACGGGUGGGGCAGAGGUGAUUUCAGCUUCGGGCCGGCUCCCGGCUUCCUUGGCCUACUGGGCGGCCCCUACUCCAGCUACCGUCCGACCGGACCCUCCUACCAGCACAGCCACAUACCGCCAGGCGGCCCUCCUUCAGCCAAGCGGCCCAACCUCGGGUACCAACCCCCGCAGCCUUCCUACCAGCCGCCACGACCGGCGUACGCCCCGCCGCAUCGGCCCGUCUACGCCCCGCCGGCGCCACACACGCGACCCACGGCCUACUCGGCCCCUCCGCCAUCUUCGCAUCCGCGGCCCAGCGUGAUCGCUGGCUACGGCUCGUAUGGCGCAGCGCCUACUUCCUCGCUAGGGGCCUUCCGCGGCGCGCCUGCCCCGAGCCGCCCUCCUUACGCGUCGGCCGGUCCGGCAAUCACGUCGUUGACCUACGGCUACCACGCCCAGCAGUCGCAGGUGGGAGGCGGCCAGAAGCGGACGCACGAGCAGAUGCAGGGCAGCCCGGCGGCGCCCGCGUCACACGGCUUCCCGUCCUACCCGCCCGCCCAAGCGGGCUUCGUCCCCUACGCCCCGCCCAACUUGCGCAACCCGCCCAGCAGGAGGCCCCGCUACUGA